GACAUAUCACUUCGGACAUGGCAGGUGUUGUAGUAGACGAGGAGGUCGGUAGCCCGUCCCCCGGGAUAUCAAUGGUAGACUGUCAUUGUCAUCUCGUGGAUCAGUCUUUUGACGAGGAUAUUGAUACAGUCAUUCAACAAGCAAAACAGGCUGGUGUGAAGGGAGCCCUUGUGGUAACAGAGACCUACACACAGUUUGAUAAAGUCCUUCAGCUAGCUAAAAGACAUCCAGAUUUUGUAUUCCCUUGUCUUGGAGUUCACCCAGUACAGGGUGCCCUGACUGGAAACCAGAGGUGUGUCACACUGGAGGAUGUAGAGAAGGCGAUACCCAUUAUAGAACAGAACAUCAGCUGUAUUGCUGCCAUUGGAGAGAUAGGCUUGGACUUCCAGCCAAGGAUAUGUGUGAGACCAGAGGACAAAGACAUCCAGAGACAGGUGCUAAAGAUACAGGUUGACCUGGCAAAGAAAUAUGAUUUACCGGUGAAUGUACAUUCAAGAUCGGCAGGAAGACCAACUAUAGCUGCCUUACAAGAAUUUGGUGCAGACAAGGUAUUGCUACAUGCCUUUGAUGGUAAGCCAGCUGUGGCUAUGACAGGUGUGGAGGCUGGGUACUUCUUCUCUAUACCGCCAUCUUGUGUCAGAAAUCCAGAGAGCAAACUGGUUCAUCGGCUACCAGUCACCAAUAUCCUACUAGAAUCUGACUCUCCUGCACUUGGACCAGAAAAAAAUAUGAGAAAUGAACCCAAAAACAUUGCUUUAUCUUGUGAUUACAUAGCCACCAGGAAGAAACUAGAUGUCGCUGAACUGUCCAGAAUUACCACAGCCAAUGCUUUGAAAUUGUUUCCUAAACUGGCAAGAGUAAUAAAAUGAAAUAAAAACUAAUAUUCUGUA